CCUUUAGAUUUUCCAAAUAAGAAGCGGAAGAGGAGCCGCUGGAACCAAGAUACAAUGGAACAGAAAACAGUGAUUCCAGGAAUGCCUACAGUUAUUCCCCCUGGACUUACUCGGGAACAAGAGAGAGCUUAUAUAGUGCAACUGCAGAUAGAAGACCUGACUCGUAAACUGCGCACAGGAGACCUGGGCAUCCCCCCUAACCCUGAGGACAGGUCCCCUUCCCCUGAGCCCAUCUACAACAGUGAGGGGAAGCGGCUUAACACCCGUGAGUUCCGCACCCGCAAGAAGCUGGAGGAGGAGCGCCACAACCUCAUCACGGAGAUGGUCGCGCUCAACCCGGACUUCAAGCCGCCUGCAGAUUACAAGCCUCCAGCAACACGUGUGAGCGACAAAGUAAUGAUUCCACAAGAUGAGUAUCCAGAAAUCAACUUUGUGGGGCUGCUCAUUGGGCCCAGAGGGAACACGCUGAAGAACAUAGAGAAGGAGUGCAAUGCCAAGAUCAUGAUCCGGGGAAAAGGGUCCGUGAAGGAAGGGAAGGUUGGGCGCAAAGAUGGCCAGAUGUUGCCUGGGGAAGAUGAGCCGCUUCAUGCCCUGGUCACCGCCAACACAAUGGAGAACGUUAAGAAGGCAGUAGAACAGAUUAGAAACAUUCUGAAACAGGGCAUUGAGACCCCAGAGGACCAGAACGAUCUACGGAAGAUGCAGCUUCGAGAGUUGGCUCGCUUAAAUGGGACCCUUCGGGAAGACGAUAACAGGAUCUUAAGACCCUGGCAGAGCUCAGAGACCCGCAGCAUUACCAAUACCACCGUGUGUACCAAGUGUGGAGGGGCCGGCCACAUUGCUUCAGAUUGCAAAUUCCAAAGGUGAAGGACUGG